UCGUAUGAGGUUUGUCUGUUUGUUUUGAACCCCGUUUUUCAAAAUGAAUAGUCCCGGCAUGGCCAACCGAAAUAUGCAGCAAGCGAGCAUGCAACACAUCAAUUCUCCGCAAACACCGAAACAAGGUACCGAGUCUCCGCGCUCGGAGCAGACGGCGACUAACAAAGACAGCCCGGCGCCGCCGUCGCAGCCUUCUACCCCGGCCGAAGGAGCCGAAGGAACCGGGGAGGAAAGCGGAGAAGGUCCUGCAGAAAUGACGCUGGAUAUCACAAGCUUUCGGAAGCCCGGUGAGAAAACGUUCACCCAGCGCUCCCGCCUUUUUGUCGGCAACCUCCCGAUGGACAUUCCGGAGGAAGAGUUCAAAAACAUGUUCGCUAAAUACGGAAACAUUAACGAGGUUUACAUCAACCGGGACCGCGGCUUCGGCUUCAUUCGUCUGGAAACACGGGUGCUGGCAGAAAUUGCUAAAGCUGAGCUGGAUGGGACCAUCGUGAAUAAUCGACCAAUGAGCGUCCGCUUUGCAACACAUGGUGCUGCACUCACAGUGCGCAACCUGUUGCCUGUUGUAACAAAUGAGCUGCUGGAACAGGCGUUUUCAGAGUUCGGGCCGGUGGAACGUGCUGUCGUGGUGACAGAUGACCGUGGUCGUCCCACCGGGAAAGGCAUCGUAGAGUUUGCAAACAAAAUAGCUGCAAGGAAAGCCCUGGAGCGCUGCACUGAGGGAGCGCUGCUGCUAACUAGCACACCUUGUCCUGUCAUUGUGGAGCCCGCAGAGCACUUUGAAUCCGAGGAUGGGGUGCCUGAAAAAAAUAUGCGGAAGCACCUAGGAUAUCUUAAGGAAAGGGAGCAGCCGCCACAUUUCGCUCAGCCGGGGACGUUUGAGUUUGAAUACUCAUCUCGCUGGAAAGCUCUGGACGACAUGGAGAAACAGCAGAGAGAUCAGGUGGACAAGAACAUUCGAGAGGCCAAGGAGAAACUGGAGGCUGAGCUGGAAUCAGCCAAACAUGAACAUCAGCUAAUGUUAAUGAGACAAGAUCUAAUGAGGCGUCAGGAGGAGUUGAGGAGACUGGAAGAACUCCGGAACCAGGAGCUGCAGAGGCGAAAGCAGAUAGAGAUGAGGCAUGAGGAGGAGAGAAGAAGAAGAGAGGAGGAAAUGAUGCGAUACAGAGAACAGGAGGACCUGAGACGCCAACCAGAAGGCUUUAAACCAAACGUAAUGGACAAUAGAGAACAGGAAAUGAGAGUGGGUGAGCUGGGCCCUCGUGGAGCCAUUAAUAUGGGAGACGGCUAUAACCAGGCCUCUGCUGGGCCCAGUGCUAACCAGGGUCAAAUGAUGGGCAUGAGUGGAAGGGGAGGAGCCAUUGGCCCAGAGGGAACUGCAAACAUGGGCUCACCAUUGAUGUCUGAGAAUGGAGCCAUGCGAGGCAAUAGAUACCCACAGGGUGGAGCAAUGGGGGGCAGACCAGAGGUAGAGUCCCCAAAGCAACAGCAGCAGCAGCAGCAGCAGCAACAGCAACAGCAGCAGCAACAACAACAACAACAGCAGCAACAACAACAACAGCAGCAGCCGCAACAACAGCAGCAGCCGUCACCGUUAGGCCCCCAGGUUGGACCAGCCCCUGGAUUUGGAAGGGGGAGUCCAGUAGGGGGGGAAGCAUUUGAUGGGCCAAAUAACAAACGUCGCAGAUACUAACUUCUCUCUGCUCAGAUACAUACUGAUCUCACGUUACUGCCCAGUCCCAAUCAUGGUUGGUUUGUUUUUGCGUUGACCCCUUUCCCUUCCUGUGGAUUUGUUUGCUGAAAAAAAAAAAACACUUUUGUCACUUUUGUAUUUUAGUUUUUAUUUUUCCUGUAAUGCAAGUUGUCACUGACAGCAUUUAUUAUGUGAUUGAUGAAACUGCUGGAUAAUGCUUUUCAUCUACACCUACCUGCAAUGUUAAUACACAGUAUUUUCCACAUGUUAGUUUCCCCUCUUGUUUUGGAUUUAAACGGUUUAUAUUUUUUCUUUUGUGUUGAACAUUGAAUCUGCAAACAUGUUGGAUGGCAUGUCAAGAAAGGCCUUUGUGUUCACACAGCUUUGCAGUUGCUAUUGCUUUAUUGUGUCGGAUACACUGCAUCAAGUUGUGAAAGGGGGUUUAAUUAAAACUAAAGAUGAAUUACAUAAGGUAUUCCUGGAAGCAAAUCACUUGUCAUAUAAAGAUUUAGCUGAUAGUUUUUCUUACAAUUGAUCAUGGUCCUCUAUUGAAAUACUACAGUUGAACUCUUACCUAUUUUGAUGUCAA